CUUCCUUUCACCCCUCCCUCCUUCCACCUCCCCCGGCCCCUACCCCUGUCCCCCCCUCUUCCCUCUCUCUCCAUCCCGCCGGAAUCUCGCCUCCGAUCCGGCGGCACGCCCGCCACCGCCACCGACACCGGCGAACCGCCCGCUCUGACCGGCGCCGGCCCGGGAGCGCUCCGGAGGGCGGGGGCCGUCCAUGGAGUCGAUCAUAGCGCGGGCGCUGGAGUACACGCUCAAGUACUGGCUCAAGUCCUUCACCCGCGACCAGUUCAAGCUCAACGGCCGCACCGCCGAGCUCUCCAACCUCGAUAUCAAUGGCGACGCGCUGCACGCCAGCCUGGGCCUGCCUCCGGCGCUCACCGUCGAACGCGCGCGGGUCGGGAAGCUCCAGAUCACGCUGCCAUCGGUAUCAAAUGUGCAAGUGGAGCCAAUUGUGGUCAACAUUGAUAAACUUGAUCUCGUGCUUGUAGAGAAGGACGAUUCAGAAAAUCUUUCCGGCCCUACCAGCAAUGCGUCAUCAACAGCACCAACUAAAAGCACCGGAUAUGGAUAUGCUGAUAAGAUUGCAGAUGGCAUGACUGUGCAAGUAGGUAUCGUGAACCUGCUAUUGGAAACACAUGGAGGUGCUCGCCGGCAAGGAGAUGCAACAUGGUCACCUCCGCUAGCUGCUAUCACAUUCCGUGAUCUCGUACUGUACACAACAAACGAAAAAUGGCAGGCUGUAAAUUUGAAAGAAGCAAGGGAUUUCUCCAACAGCACAGGAUUCAUUUAUGUUUUCAAGAAAUUGGAAUGGCGGUCACUGUCAGUUGAUCUUUUACCCCAUCCUGACAUGUUUGCUGAUGCACGAUUUAACUCUUCAAGCAGUCAAGAUAACAAACGAGAUGAUGAUGGUGCAAAGCGAAUGUUCUUUGGCGGCGAAAGGUUUUUGGAAGGAAUAUCAGGGGAGGCUAAUAUAACUCUGCAACGAACGGAGCAGAACAACCCACUUGGCCUGGAGGUUCAGCUGCAUGUUACUGAAGCUCUCUGUCCUGCUUUAAGUGAACCUGGUUUACGUGCAUUUCUUCGAUUCAUGACUGGGGUAUCUGCGUGCUUAAAUAGAGGAGAUUUGGAUCCAAAGUCUCAACAGCAUGCAGAAGCAGCAGGAUCUUCCUUGGUAUCCUUUAUUGUAGAUCACAUAUUCCUUUGCAUUAAAGAUGCUGAGUUUCAGCUUGAACUUCUAAUGCAAUCGCUGUUCUUCUCACGGGCUAGCAUUUCAGACGGGGAGAGUUCAAAAAACUUGUCUUGCAUAAAGGUUGCUGGGCUGUUUCUGAGGGACACAUUUUCUCGUCCUCCAUGCACAUUGAUACAACCAUCUAUGCAAGCUGUUCCACAAGAACCCUUGCCUAUCCCUGAUUUUGGUCAAAGUUUCUGUCCUCCGAUCUAUCCAUUUGGGAAUCAGUUCUUGGAAUUCGCUGCUGGAAUUCCUUUGUUUUCCCUUUAUUGUCUUCAGACCACUCCUUCUCCAUCACCUCCAAAGUUUGCUUCGAAAACAGUCAUCACAUGCCAGCCUCUUAUGGUGACCCUUCAGGAACAAUCCUGCUUAAGAAUUGCCUCAUUCUUAGCUGAUGGAGUUGUGCCUAAUCAUAGUGCCACAGUUGCUGAUUCCUCAAUUAACAGCCUGUCGUUUUCUCUCAAAGAGUUCGAUCUAUCUGUUCCGUUAGAUGCUGAAGAAAUUGCAAGGUGCAGUGGAACCAAGACCGCUUGCUCCCAGUCAUCAUUUUCAGGAGCAAGACUUCAUAUAGAGGACCUACACUUCUGCGAGUCACCAUCAGCAAACUGUUCGCUGCUAAACCUUGACAAAGAUCCAGCUUGCUUCCUUCUUUGGGAAUAUCAACCUGUUGAUGCCAGCCAGAGGAAGUGGGUUAGUAGAGCUUCUCAUCUAAGCCUCUCGCUUGAAACCUCUAGUACUUCAAAUGGACAGAGAGUAGUGAGGGAUCCCUCUCCAAAUGUGUUGAAAUGUAUUGAAUUAGAUGACAUUCGAUUUGAGGCAGCUAUGGUUACCGCAGAUGGUAGCCCUCUGUGUGAUUUGCCACCCCCAGAGGGGGUUGUGAGAAUUGGUGUUGCUUUCCAACAGUUCAUCUCCAACACUUCAGUUGAGCAGUUGUUUUUUGUCUUAGGCCUCUAUAGCUACUUUGGACAGGUUGGAGAACGAAUUUCAAAGGUUAGUAAAGGUAACAAGUCUGGCAAAGAUAGUGAGCCUUCAGUUGACAAUCUUCAGAAAAAACUUCCCAGUGAUACGGCUGUGAGCUUAACUAUGAAUAGUCUCCAGCUCAAUUUCUUGGAACAUUUUUCAGCGGGAGACGUACAUAUGCCCUUGGUUCAGUUUGGUGGAGAGGAUCUCUACCUGAAAGUUUCUCAUCGCACUCUAGGUGGUGCCUUUGCAGUCACAACUAACGUGAUGUGGAGAACUAUCUCAGUAAACUGUUUGGAAGGAGAAAGUGCUACAAUCCAUGAGAAUGGCACUGCCAUGACGGGUGAACAUAACGUUGUGGUAUGUGAAAAUGGGCAUCCCAAGAUGAGACCGGUGUUUUGGGUUGACCAUCGUAGCAAACACCAUGCUAAAGGUGCUCAAUUCAUUGACAUAAACAUCACUCAUGUAAUGCCUUAUGACAUGAGGGAUAUGGAGUGCCAUAGCUUGAAUGUAUCAUCGAAGGUAUCUGGUGUCCGUCUCGGAGGUGGACUGAGUUAUACCGAGUCUUUACUGCAUCGUUUCGGUAUUCUCGGGCCUGAUGGUGGUCCAGGGGAAGGCCUCUUGAGAGGCCUGAAGGAUUUAUCUUCUGGUCCACUCGGGAAACUGUUCACACCAUCUCACGUCACCGACAAGGAAGAAGCAAGAUCCGAAGACAAUGGCAGCAAUUCGAAGUUUGAUCUGGGGGUGCCAGAUGAUCUUGAUGUGUCAGUUGAGUUAAGAAACUGGUUGUUCGCACUUGAAGGGACAGAAGAAGUAGGAGAUUGGUCUUCCCCUCGUAGUGGUGAUCCUAUUAGUAGGGAAGACAAAUGUUGGCAUACAACAUUCAGGAAUCUGCACUUGUCAGGCAAAAGCAGUGACCGACCUAACUUGGGAGGUGCAGAGAAGGUGUUGAACAAGAAGGCAUUUCCAGUGGAGCGUUUCACGGCUGGAAUCGAAGGUUUACAGGCAAUUAAACCUCGCUUGAGAAAUCAAUUCGUUGGAAAUGGAAAAUUAAAUAAUAGUCAGUCAUGCAGUGGAUUGAACAAUUCAAGUGCUAUUGGUGACCAAGGUGUUGAUGUUGAAGCUACCAUGGUCAUUGGCGAAGAUGAUACUGGGGAUGCCAAGUGGAUGAUGGAUAAUGUAAAGUUUUCAGUUAAAGAACCGAUUGAGGCCGUGGCAAAAAGAGAAGAGCUGGAGCACCUUGCCACGAUUUGCAGAUCUGAAGCUGAUGCAAUGGGGAGGAUCACUGCUGGAAUUCUCCGUCUGCUUAAACUUGACAAGUCUCUUGGCCAGGGAACCAUAGAACAGCUGAGGAACCUAGGAAGUGGAGGCAUGGACAACAUUUUCUCGCCUAGCAGGCUCAGCAGGCAGAACAGUUUUGGCAGCGUAAGCACCCCGAGGACCCCCAGGACUCCAAUGUUUCAUACGACCUCAAAUGCGGCGUCGAAAGAGGCCCUGGAAGCUACAAUCGCUUCGCUACAGAGCGACAUCUCGGAAUCCAAGGCCAGAUGCGCGUCCCUAACCAGCACUGGAGACGAGAGCCGCGCGGAGGACAUCAGGCAGCUGACCGACAAGCUGGAGAGCAUGCAGUCCCUGGUGACGAGAAUGAGAACUUUGAUCUGAGCUGUAAAUGCGUCGUUUCCUUGGAGUGUACAGGCUGGGCAGUGGUACGAAAGGGGGGAGCGGCUAAUGCUGCGCUUUUUUGCGAAAUUAUUCUUUUGUUUGUGUACAUCUAUUACACGUUCCUUGGGGUAUAAAGGUGGAAGGGUGGAAUAAUAAAGGGUUUCCUGGAUUAUGUUUUGUAGCUGGAAGUCAGGGUGGGCAGCAGCAGCAGCAGAAAAUUUUGUAGCUGGAAGGAUGCAUAAAAUGUAGGGGUGUGAUCGAAGUAGUCGUUAGGAAGAACCGAACUGUUAUUUGUAUGUAUGAUGAUAUGCACAUAGUGUUUUGGCAAAUCUGAUA